CUCGACCACAAUCCCUUCCCAUGCUCUUCACUCUAGCGAUAUCGUGCAUUACUGCCCUGCUUGCCGCGUUGCGUCUGACUCGCAGACGUGUCUAUCCUUUACCUCUGUUACCUGGUCCUCGUCCCUUACCAUUUCUGAGUAACGCGCUGCAAUUGGAUACUAAACGCCCUUGGCUCACAUAUACUGCAUGGGGAAAAACAUAUGGAAAAAUCUUCCGCUCCCGUAUACUUGGGAUCGACAUGAUCAUCAUAAACUCAGAAACCAUCGCCCAGGAGUUGCUGGAAAAGCGUUCUGCGAAUUACUCUACCCGUCCUGUUCUUCGUACCAGUGAAUUAGCUGGACUGGCUUUCAAUUCUGUGAUGCUUCCGUAUGGGGAGACUUUACGACAACAUCGCAAGCUAUACCACCAAGUUCUUAGCGCCGAAGUUUCAAUCUCGUAUCACGAGAUAUACUCUCGCCAUGCAAAUGAACUAGUCAUCGAUCUCUUAGGUGCCACUAGAGACUCACUGCAGCAACACACUGAAGCAUAUUCGGGAUCCCUGAUCAUGGCCGUGACAUACGGACAUCUCGCUGAUGAAGGCUCAUUUCUUUCCCGUGCGCACGAAAUACUUGAUAUUGGAAAACAGAUUCUCUCUCCUGAGAAAGCUGCCAUGUUCACAGCCUUUCCUUUCCUCGAAAAGUUGCCGUUUUGGUGCUUUGGUGGAUCGUUUGCCCUGAUGGGAUGUUGUAGAGAAUUAUGUCAACAACUUUUGAACGAGCCCUUUAAUGAAGUGAAGGCACAGAUAGCAGAUGGUACUGCUUCGCACUCAUCAGUUGCUGACUUUCUCAGUCAAGCUCAUGACAACACUGACGAAGACAUGAUGAAGUCUGUUGCGUUGACAGGAUACAUGGCUGGCAUGGAAACCAGUGAUCUUACUUUGAUGUCUCAGCAGACUGCAUCCGUAUUGCAGGCAUUUCUGCUGGCUAUGAUGCUCCAUCCUGACGUCCAAUCCCGUGCUCGUGCAGAAAUUGACCAAGCUGUGGGGCAUGACAGCAUGCCGUGCCUUGAUGACAGGGCGUCACUGCCCUAUCUUGAUGCCAUUCUUCGCGAGCUUUGUGUUUGCAUGGCUGAAGCGCUAACCCCUUGCACAGGAAUCGCACAUGCGACACUAAAUGAUGAUGUUUAUGAUGGGUACUUUAUACCCAAAGGUGCGAUAGUAAUGGUUAAUCAGUGGUAUGUCAGGCUGGAGUGUAUGCAAUGGGUUGAGCUGAGCAUUGCUCAGGGCACUGUCUCGGGAUGAAGACAUAUUUCCCGAUGCAUCACGCUUCGAUCCUAGCCGCCAUCUGACCAGUCGAUGGGAAACUGAAGAACACUGUCGUCAACCAUUUUACCUUUGGUCAUGGCAG